CAGGCACAAGCAUGAAUGUGGCCGCGGCACCAAGCACGAUGGAUCCGAGCGGCAGUCCACCGAAUGGGCGAUACGAGUACCUCUUGCAGCAAGUCGUACAGCUCAACACAGACCUACACAAAACUGUCGCAUUGAGCCAAUCGUUAAAGUCUGAGCGGGACUCGCUGCAAGAGCUCACACAGAGGCUAAAGCAAGACGUGAUGCGGUGCGAAGAAAGGUGCGAGAAGAUGCAGGAAGUGUUGAUGACCGAGACCGAGUACAAGGUCCAGUCCGACCGCAAGCACGAAGCGCUGAUGCACAAGUGGAAACAGCAGCUCGAGAUCAAAGCUAGGGAGUUCGAAGUGCUGCAGAAGAACCUUGCGCCGCCGAAAGAUCUAGACCAGCUGCGACUUGCCAUCCAGGACGAGGUCGAGCUCCCACACCGCCAGCGGACCCAAGGCCUCCAGCUAGAAAUCGACAAAUACCGCGAAAUGUAUUACUCGGUGCGCCGGGACUUCGAGAUUCUCAAAACCGAGCACGACCAGACAAUCAUCAACCACGUGCGAACACACGACAAGUACUAUCGUCGGUUCGUAAACUGUGGUUAGGGCCACGAGAUCGAAAGCACUAUCGCAACACAUAUGGUGCUCAUGAACGACUUAAAGCGGCAGCUGGACGCCGCCGACGACCGCGCCGCCGACAUGCACACAACCGACAAGCUCCGACGCAUGGAACUUGACAAGGACACGUUGGUGACAGAGAACCAUAAACUUCGCCAAGAGUUGGAGCAUGUUCGGCAAGCAAAAGUGGAUCUAUUCCAGCGACAAGAAGCAGACGCGACCAAGUUUGCUACUCAGAUGACGGAUGUGCUGGGAAAACUCACGAAUGUCGACUUGGAACUCAAAGCCACGGCUCGGCAGCUUGGGCGGUGUAAACAAGACUGCGAACGACUGCAGGGUGUAGUGGAUGAGAAAGACAAGAAGCUACGGGAAGCAACCGACGACGCCAUGCGACUGCGGGAGCAAGUGAAGCAAAAGGACUUGUUGCUGGUAGACAAUCACAAUCUCCACAGCUCCAAAUUGAGGGAGUUGCGGGCCGAGCUCGAGGCUGACAAGGUGCAGUUUAAGCAAAAACAAGUGGACUGGAUGGACCAAAUCGCGAGCCUGCAGUUGGCUCUACAGCAGUCGGAAGAGACCUUUCAGAAACGGGAAAAGGAAUGGCACCUCGAACAAGCCAAGCAGGUGGCUUUGCAGUCCCACGGCGAUACGCAUACGCAGCACACGACCGCCGCGCUACAAGCCAAGCUGGCCGAAAAGACCGCUGAAGCUGCGACCCUGCAAGAAACCCUUGACGGCUGCACCCAGAGAGCUACCCAUGCCUUGGACCAAGAACAGCUCAAAGUCCAUCGAUUGCAAGGGGAAAAGGAUUCCCUCAGCGCUAAACUCACCACUGCACAGGAACUGGUGACCAAAUUGAAGGCGGAAAACUUGUCGUGGCGGUCCCAACUCAAGGAAGUGGAGCAGGAGUACCGGGUUUUGCAAGGCAAAUACCGCGAUGCUAUGCAAAACCAGCAGGAUCUACAAAGCCAGCUGGACCAAGACAAAGCCAAGAUUCAGUACCUAGAAGACGACCUAGUGAAGCUCACCGACGAGCGGACUAACGACAAGCAAUCGUUUGAAAAGUCCCAAGCCCACCUCCAGGCACAACUGGACGAAACUCUGGCCGCGUCAUUCAACGCCCGACGCAGUCUGGCGGACGAGCACAAGAAAGUUGCUGACAAACUGACGAAAUCCCUCGUUAAAGCUGAACGAAAGCGCGAUGCGUACAAGGAGAAGUGCUUGCAAGUGCACGAACGGUACAAAGCAGCGGCCAUGGCCAAGGAAGCGGCGGCGGUGCAGUUGCAGCAACUCAAGGACCAGCACCAUAUCGAGAUCCAGCAAUUUCUUACCCAGUGGAGCCACGCCGAAGACUCUCGGUUGUCGGGCAGUAUGCCUGGUAAACCUAUGGACAUGAAGCUGGAUUCGUUCUUGGCCGAGAUCGACCAGUACAACCAAAUACACAGUCCGCGACUUAGUUGAAAUAGUUUCAUCAUGAAUCCUAAAGGGGUAUUAU